AUUAAAAAAUAUACAAUAAAGAAUAUCGCGGAUAGGCAUCACUACGUCAAUGUCAAUGUCAAAUUAGUAAGUGCACGAUUUCAAAUGGUACCAUAAUGUUAGGGGACGAUCACAUAGGUCUAAGGGUGGGAAAAAGUGCCCUAACUUGGAUUUUAGGACAGUUCAACGUUUGGUAUAUGCUGUACCAUUUUGCUCACAAAGCCAACAGGGAUCAAACCUAUACCCAGAUCCAAUCGGACGUGUCCAUUUUAGACGAAAUAUUCACGCUGGAAGACCCAGAACAACAACAGACGGGUUUAGAAGAACUCACAGAGUAUUUAAGAGGAACAACUACAUCAGCAGAAACCCUUACAAAUGGCUCACUCAGUCUAUCACCACCGCCAAUUUCGAAUCAGCAAUCCAGUCAUCUGCACCCACUGCAUUCAAUGUCUCAAAAGGACACAGGAGGCUUGUUACAGGUAAUGCAGCCAGCAAGUAACCCUGGUUCUCCCCCACCUACUCCGCCUCUGAUCUCACCGGUGGGCCAGGGAAGUACCCUAGACCCUAACUGGCAAGCCCUGAAGCCUACGGUUAGGGAACGAAAUGCUGCCAUGUUUAAUAAUGAUUUAAUGGCAGAUAUAAGGUUUGUUGUGGGAUCCCCAGGUUCAACACAGGUCAUUCCAGCGCACAAGUACGUCCUUGCAACGGGUAGUUCGGUGUUUUAUGCCAUGUUUUACGGAGGUUUGGCCGAGUGUAAGGAAGAAAUAGAAGUACCGGAUGUAGAACCGUCUGCUUUCCUCACGUUGCUCAAAUACCUCUACUGCGACGAAAUCCACCUGGAAGCCGACACCGUUCUGGCAACGCUGUACGUCGCCAAAAAGUACAUAGUCCCUCACUUAGCUCGCGCCUGCGUAAACUAUCUCGAAACCAGCCUCACGGCCAAGAACGCCUGUCUGUUGCUGAGUCAGUCCAGGCUCUUCGAGGAGCCGGAACUGAUGCAGCGUUGCUGGGAAGUGAUCGAUGCCCAGGCUGAAAUGGCACUAAAAUCUGAAGGUUUUGUUGACAUUGACAUGUCGACUUUGGAGUCAGUACUAGGCAGGGAAACGCUGAACUGUAAAGAGAUGAAUUUGCUGGAAGCUGCGUUAAAUUGGGCCGCAGCAGAGUGUGGAAGAAGAGAGCUAGAAGCUACCCCUCAAAAUAAACGGGCGGUUCUAGGCAACGCCCUGUACCUCAUCCGUAUACCGACCAUGACGCUGGAAGAAUUCGCAAACGGAGCCGCCCAAAAAGGGAUCCUAACCCAACAAGAAACCAUCGAUAUUUUUUUUCACUUCACCGCCAAUAACAAGCCCAGUCUACAGUACCCUAUCAAGCCCAGAGCGGGCUUGAAAAGUCAGGUUUGCCAUCGGUUCCAGUCGUGCGCCUACCGCUCGAACCAGUGGCGUUACAGGGGGCGCUGCGACAGCAUCCAGUUCUCCGUCGAUCACCGCAUUUUCGUGGUGGGUUUCGGGCUGUACGGAUCCUCGGGCGGCGCCGCUGACUAUGCUGUCAGAAUCGAACUGAAACGUCUAGGCCGCGUUUUAGCGGAAAACGACACAAAGUUCUUCUCGGAUGGAUCAAGCAAUACGUUUCACGUUUAUUUCGACAAUCCCAUUCAGGUGGAACCUGAAACCUUCUACACGGCUUCAGCAGUGCUGGACGGAGGUGAAUUGAGUUAUUUCGGACAGGAAGGAAUGAGCGAGGUCACCGUGGGACAAGUUACGUUCCAGUUCCAGUGUUCCUCGGAGAGCACGAACGGAACAGGUGUCCAAGGAGGACAGAUUCCCGAGCUGAUAUUCUACGGACCGGCGCACGAAGAACACUGAACACUAAUUCGAGGUUUAAAAGUAUUCGUGAGAAUAGUGAUGUUCUAAAAAGGGGCGAAUGUAUUACAGAGUUCUUAUUUAGUAAUUUUGGGAAAAUAACCUAAAAGGAUUUUUAUGUCUGUGAAAUUAAUUUUUAGAAUUCCUGGGUCCUUAGAUUGUACAAAUUUCGUGGAUAAAGCUAUACAACUAUACAUAGUCGGCAAAGAUUUUGGUGUGUACAAAGAGUACAGUCAAUCUGUUCAAUACAAUAAAUGUAAUGGAUAAAAAGAGAAAAAUAUUUGCCCAAACGUAUGAAAUAAAGCAUCUCGCUUAUGUAAUAAACACUUAUUUCUCUCUCCAACUUUCAUGCCUGCCAUAGCGAUUUACUCUUGUAGACAUGUAAAUAACGAUACAAGACUCUUUCUUGCCGACACGGUAUAUGUUUUAGGUUGUUAUAAACAAACUUUGUUUCUCUGAGUACAUCAAUACGUUUUUCUAUAUACCUAUCUCUAGAACAAUUUUUAUUUUUUGGACGCGCGCUGGGAAUAAAAAUUCAAGGCCGUGACAAAAUGUAGUGACGCGUCGUGUAUAAAACUUAAAACUAUUUGUUCAAGGUAAAAAACUACUUUUACGCGUAUAAAACUAUUUGUUACAGGCAAAGAACUAUUUUUAACACGCAAAAAACUAUCUAUUACGUGUAAAAAACUACGGUUACUCGUAAAAAGUAUUUGUUACGCGCAAAAAAACUAUUUUUUACGUGUAAAAAACUGUUACACGUAAAAA